UUCCUUGUGACCGCCUUUCAUCCGGUACACGCGGUUAUCGUCGCUCGUUCACCUGCGGACAGUCCGACGUUAAUAAUUUUUUAACAUAUUCAGUGAUACCGGUUAAUUGAGUGGAGUCUUCCAGCUUUAUCGUUUCAUGUAUUAAAUUGUUACAAACGGAAAAAUUUCAUGAAAAUGGCGAGAUAUGGGCAGCGUCCCGAAAACGCCCUGAAACGGGCUAAUGAAUUCAUCGAGGUUGGUAAACCAGCGAGAGCCCUCGACACCCUUCAGGAGGUCUUCCGAAACAAGAAAUGGACGUACAGCUGGUCAGAAUCGGUCUUGGAGCCGAUAAUGUUCAAGUACUUGGAUCUGUGUGUGGAGUUGAAAAAAUCCCACAUAGCCAAGGAGGGUCUUUUCCAAUACCGAAACAUGUUUCAAUCCGUGAACGUUGGUAGUUUGGAGAAUGUAAUUCGUGGAUAUCUGCGUAUGGCAGAGGAAAAAACGAAUGCAGCAAGGAAGCAGAGUCAACAAGCAGUGGUUGACAUCGACGAUCUGGACAAUUUAGCAACACCAGAGAGUAUUUUACUGUCAGCAGUGAGUGGAGAGGAUGCUCAAGAUCGAAGUGAUCGGACUAUCUUGACUCCGUGGGUGAAAUUUCUCUGGGAGUCUUACUGCCAAUGCCUCGAAUUACUGAGAACAAAUGCCCACGUUGAGACUCUUUACCACGAUAUUGCUCGAAUGGCAUUCCAAUUUUGUCUCGAGUACAACCGUAAAACGGAGUUUCGCAAACUCUGCGAGAAACUUCGUAAACACUUGGAGGAAAUCUGCAAGCUCCCCCAACUGGUGUCUAACGUGUCUAUGAACAAAACUGAGACUCAGCAGCUCAAUCUCGAGACACGUCUGAUUCAACUGGACUCGGCCAUUCAAAUGGAACUCUGGCAAGAGGCUUACAAGGCUACUGAGGACAUUCAUGGCCUGAUGAAUCUCUCGAAAAAGCUCCCAGUUCCGAAAACAAUGGCCAACUACUAUCAGAAAUUGGCAAUGGUCUUUUGGAAGGCUGGUAACUAUCUUUUCCACGCAGCAGCACUCUUGAAGCUCUUCCAGUUGUCCAAAGAGAUGAAGAAAAAUAUGUCGCCUGAUGAACAGCAGAGGAUGGCUAAUAGAGUUCUCUUGGCGACACUUUCUAUUCCCCUACCAUCAGCGCAUCCUGAAUUCGAUCGAUUCAUUGAGACUGACAAAUCUCCAUUGGAGAAAGCUCAGAAAUUAGCUAUUCUUCUUGGGCUUAGCCAACCACCAACUCGAGCAUCACUUCUCAGAGACGUUGUGCGCCUGAAUGUUGUUAAUCUAGCGUCACCCCAACUUCAGGAUCUUUACUCGUGGCUAGAGAAAGAUUUUCAUCCAUUGGAGUUGUGCUCACGCGUCCAGUCGGUCAUUCAAACACUUCAAGUCGAUGAGACAAGUACACUUGCUCAAUACGUUCCAGCACUUCAGGAUGUCACUCUCGUUCGUCUUGUUCAUCAAGUGUCUCAAGUUUAUCAAACUAUACAAUUCGCGCGACUCAUAGAGCUCGCUAAAUUCACGACAGCUUUCCAUCUCGAGCGUCUCUUAGUCGAUUGUGUUCGAUACAACGACAUGCAGAUUAGAAUUGAUCAUGGUAAACGUUGCAUUCACUUUGGUGUUGACUUGAGUGAAGCACAACGUGAAGAUCAUCCAGAUGGACCAGUUCUUCAAGCGAUGCCAUCAGAACAGAUUCGUUGUCAAUUGGUCAAUAUGGCAACUGUCCUUCAUCGUGCCAUCAGCGUCAUCAAUCCCAAUAAACGUAAACAGGAACGUGAGAAAUUGCGUAAUGCCAUGGUUGCACUUUACCAUGAAACAAAGAGCAAAGAACACCAGAGAAUUCUCGAGAGACAAGUUAUCAUUGAACAACGUAAAGAGUACAUUGAACGUGUCAAUACGAUACGCGAGGAAGAAGAGAUGCGAAGACUGGAGGAACUUCAUCGUCAACACUUGAUGGCUGAGCAAAAACGUUUGGAGCAGGAGCGUGAGGAGCGUGAAAGAAAACGACAACAGAGUGAAAUUCAACAGAUCAAGGAUCGCCAUCUCAAGGAAAAAAUGCAGCAGAUAUCUCAAACGAGUCAUGGACAGAAGGUUCUCAAGAAACUCGAUGAGGAUGAGAUUAAAAAACUUGAUGCCGAACAAAUUGCUGCUAGAGAAGCUGAAGAGCUUCAGAAGGAGCGUCGUGAAAUGCAACAGAAACUUAAAUCACAGGAGAAGAAGGUUGAUUAUUUGGAGCGAGCCAAGAGAAUUGCUGAAAUUCCACUGCUGGAGAAGGCGGUCGAGGAACAACAAGAACAGGCAAAACAAUGCUGGGAACAACAAGAGGAGGAAAGAAUUCUCGCUGCUAUUGAGGAGCAUAAUCAAGCUGUAGCCACUCGUGAGCGUAUGCUGAAGAUGAAAGAGGAUGCUGAAUUUUUCCUAUCGAAAAUUCUUUCAGAACGCAAAAAUGCAUAUCUCGAAAAAUUGGCUGAAUUUGAGAUUAAAUUCAAUGAGGAACGGGCCAAACGCCUCCAGGAGAGGAGAGCCCAGAGGAAAGCUGAGAGGAGAGAGAAGUGGGAGAGGGAGAAGGCUGAGGCUGCUGAACGAAAAUAUCAGGAGGAGCUUCGCCUCAAGCAGGAGGAGGAGAGGAAGCGCAUAGAGGAGGAACGAGCUAAGCGUGAUGAGGAAGAUAGAAUUAGGCGGGAGGAAGAAGCUGCUAAGGAAGCCGAAAGAUUGGAGAAACUUGCAAAGCAGGCUGAAAUUAUCAGGGCUAAGGAAGCUGAAAUUGAACGCAAACUUGAUGAAGACAGACGCAAGCAUCUCGAACCUACGCGCUGGCGACGAACACAAAAUCCUGAACGUGAACAACGCUCUGAUCGUCCUGAACGCGUUGGUUUCAAGGCUGGUGAACGUGAAAAACCAACUGAAAUGUCUUCCUGGCGAGGUGAAUCUAAGGAUGAAUUCAAACCCAGGGAUGACAGGGAGGACGAUCGCAGGCGUAGGGAAGAUGAGCGAGCACCACUGCCAAGUAAAUGGAGUGGAUAUAACAGGGAAAAAGAUAGGGAUUCCAGAUUCGAGAAGACACCCAAUCGUAAUAUGGGAUCAUCUUGGAGAGACCGUAGGGAUGACAGGCGUGAUGGGGAUGAUAGGCGAAGUGAUUUUCGUAAAGAUGAUAGGCGUGAUGAUAGGCUGGGGGAGAGAGGCCCACCAAAACCGCUAGAUGGACUUCGCCGUGCGCCCGACGAUGAUAGACCCAGAUACCAACGCUCCUCUGCAUCUACGGAAGGCUCCUGGCGCUCCAGAGAGAGCCACGACUCACCACGCGAUCCACCACCUAAGCGUGAUGAGAGAGACGAUCGUGACCGUCGAGAUGAUAAACCGAAACGUGAAGAGCGACGAGAGGCGCCAGAGGAUGAGGGCUGGUCGCGUGUAGUUAAACGCUAAGAAUUCAUAGAAUUUGUUUCAUUUUUCAAUACUGAGAACGGAAAAAUAGGAAAAUUCAAAUAAUCUUUAUGGAUAGUUUGCUGAACACUGGAAAUACACACGCUUCGAUUUUUCCGGGGUAUUUGAACACUAUUAUGGAAGCCAUAAAAUCAUUUUUAUAACCAGACUUUUUACCGUUAAUCAUUGAUACAGGAAUGGGAAUUCAUAAAUUUAUUUGAAUUUUUAUUUUUCCAUAUUCAUUGCAGUUCUGAGUAUUGAUUCAAAUGUGAAUUAAACAUACUUAUUGUGCUAUGUAAUAAAUGAAAUGGAACUGACCUGAGAAAUCCAAGUUGAAUUAAGGGAUUUACCAUAAUGAUGAUUAUGUAUGUCAGCAAUGAGGUUCGAUAUUGCGAGAUCGAUAUGCCUCUAUUAAUAAACCUCUUAUAUCUUAAAA